AAGGUAUAACCUUAUUUGAUAAAGAUCAAAAACUAUCUAUUCAGCUAGUACAAGGCAGAAACAAAUCACUCCCAACUAUAAUAUUUGAAGUACUAAAAAGAAUUUAUGAACAAGAUGUUAAUAGUAAAAUUGAUGUAGAAUCUGAUUCAAAAAAGUUUCUUAUGGUUACAAUCCUGGAAUUUGUUUCAGCACAAAAUAAUAAUACUGUUUUUAAACAAGAUAUAAAUCAAGAAAUUGAAAAUUUUAUAUUUUCAAAUUCAUCUCAACAUAAAGACAAGAGGCAUUCUGCAAAUAGAAGAUAUUUGUUAGCAAUUGAAAAUCAAAAUAACAAGGUUGUUUGGUCAAAUAACCAAGAUAAAAUAUCAAAGUCUGAGCCAAAAAAGAAAAAUAAGUGUUAA